GGCUUAUCCUCAUCGGCAUUCUUCCUCUGCCUUUGUCCCGAGUUUCUUGGUGCAUUGAUGAGCUUCUUCACGGUGGCAAAAACGCCCGAAGAAUUGGAGAAAGAAGCGGAUGUUGUCAAUAUUCCGAAUAUUACACAAAGUAAACGGCCUGUGGAAGCCCCAGCGCCUGCAGUGAACUGUUUGAUGCGUGAAGUGGAAAUUAUUUUGAUCGAAGAUGCAAUGAAUCCGGAAGAUUCGCAGGCACUGAUACUUUCGUUCAACAUCGAUCUCAAAGCAAAACCGGUACUUUUUGUUUGA